AUGAGAUUUGCACUCGCACUGACACUGGUUUGCAAAGUUGCGCUCGGGGCCGCCAACCCUGUGGCUUUUGCCGAGGCAUUGGCCUUGGAACACGGCUCUGCAGAGGCCAAUUCCAUGGGCGAGAUCGCCAUGUUGUAUCCAACAGAUAGAGAAUGGUCCGAGGAGGCAGAGACGGUGGCUCCAUGCGGAUCUUAUGCCUCCAUUUCCAACAGAUCUGAGUUCCCGCUCGACGACGGUUUCGUUGCUCUGGUUGCAAAGACCCACAAAGCAUGGUCUGUCGACCUGAAGAUCUCCUACAACAGCAACCCGACCUCCAACGAUGACUUCGACACCUGGGCGUCUCGUAACGUGACUAACCAGAUCGAUAUCGGCCACACGUGUUUCUACCUGCCAGACCCUCCUUCCACCAUCAACGAGGGCGACUACGCCACCAUCCAGCUGGAGUACAUGGCUUUGGAAGACGAGGCCAACGUGACGCACUAUGCGUGCGCAGACAUCCAGUUUGUGGAGAAGAGCGUUUUCGACGUCACAGAGUACUCGCACUACUGCUUCAAUGCCACAGACAACGACUACUACUCGAGCGAGAUCACGGUCGACACAUCUUCGUGGUACGCGUCUGUGUCCUCGGCGGAUGCUGCGUCGUCGGCUGCGCAGAACAGCGGCUCGAGCAGUGCCACCACGAGUGCUACCAGUUCCACGGCCACCUCCACGGCCACGGCCACCACCACGUCGUCCUCGUCGAAGGGCCUGGCCGGCCGUGCAGAGGUUCCCGGCGCCCUUGGCAUGCUGCUCGGUCUGUGGGCGUUCUCCUUGUUCUAA